CUGCUCACGUAGAUUUACGUGUCUGCGCACGAUACAAAGAAAAACAAAAAUAAUCGUACCUGCUCCUUACUGCCUCAUAAAGAAUCUCUUCUUACUAGUGCUAGCAGGGCUGUUUUUUUUGCAAUUAAACGGUCAUUAUACCGAGCGCACACCAGAAAGCAUACGGAUUUGUAUUCAAUUGUUCCCUUAUGUGUUAAAGUCCAUAGUUAUAAGUGUUUGCUGUCGCUGUACGCAGUGGGGCAUUGUGGGAUUAGAAAGUACGCAGUACUACAUGCCAACUGUUGGGGUAUGGUAUCAUUUAGAAAGAAAAGCACUUAAAAGUUUUUCUGAAGAUUUCACUUAAAAAAUAAAUAGGAAGAUAGACGAAGCUGUAGACCAUGUCUGUUGGGUGUCCAACAGCCAAUAAACGUCUCAACUGUACUACAUUUCCAGGCCAGAGUCAUGAAGUGUACUUCAGUUGUGAUAGGGUUGCUACCCGUCUUACAAGGCCUGAUCAAGUCUUUUAGAGGACAUAGGGAGCACAUGAGUCUGCAGUUGACCUUCCCAAGCACUAAAUGCUUGUUAUCGUUUUGCUCAUAAGAGCAAAUGAAAAGGCAAUUUAAGACUGGGAAGCUUGCGAACAUGACACCUUUAACAGGUGCCAAAUUAGUCAAGACACCUGUGCAGUUGUAUCGUUAUCUCCUUCGCUGCUGUAGACUACUGCCUACAAAAGCUACGCAACAGCAUUACAAACACACAGUAAGACAAAGUUUCAGAGUUCAUUCAGAUGAAGACGAUCCUGAACGCAUCCAUCAAAUAAUCCAAAGGGCCAUAGAGGAUGCAGACUGGGUAUUGAACAAAUAUAAAGGAAAGCAGUGAGCUGCUGAGAAAAGGAAAUAUACAUUUGUCAUGGAAUAUUCUUUAGCUAAUGAAGUCUCAGGACUUGUUGCAGUGCUUUGUUUAUCCAGUAGAAUAUAAAAUCAGAACUUACUAACAACUCAUGGAACACUACUGCUACAUCGAAUCUUCUCAUAUGUUGCUAGUAACUUUGAUAAAUCAUUGUCUCCAUGGUGACUUUCACGUCUGUGAGAGUAAAAGCUCAUUUUGAAAGAAGGAAAUGAGCAGAGUAUGCUUUAUGUAAGCUCGGACAUGUACCAUUUUUCAGAAUUUGCAAAGAAAUGAAGAUAUGAAACAUUUUUGGUUCUGCAAGUGUAUUUCCAUGUUAUCUAUUUACUUAUAUUGCCUCUGUGAAGAAAUGACAACAUUAUUUCAGUAAAUGUCAAAUGUGCCUGUGAGUUAUUGUAUGGAGUAACUAAAUUAAAUGCAGUUUAAUUUAAGUGCAAAA